AUGGAGCUUUACGUGGACUCUUUGUUCUUGGAUCGCUUUGACAGUCCUCACGCGGUGGGCGCGGUGAAGGUGUCGGUGGGCGCUGCCAGCAUCCAGGUGGCGAGGGGAGGGAACGCGCUUCUGCCUUGCAACUACCACACCACGGCCUCGCUGAGUCGCCUCAACAUCAUCUGGACGGUCACCCCGCUGGCGGAGCCAAACCGCCCCCAGCAGGUCCUGGCCUAUGAGCAGGGAGAGGUGGUGGAGAGUCUGUCCCAGUACACGGGCCGCGUGGGCUUCGCCUUCCCACCCGCCCAGAGUGCCACCAUCUUCCUCAACAAGACGCGCAGCUCGGAUAGCGGGACGUACCAGUGCAGCGUCAUGAACCCACCCGACCGGGACACACCCAACAUCGGGGUCAUCCAGCUCACCGUGCUUGUGCCCCCCUCCAGCCCCGAAUGCUCCAGCGAGGGGAGUGGGGAGGAAGGGGGGGACGUCCACCUGUCCUGUGCUGUGCGGGAAGGUGUGCCCGCCCCCUCCUUCAGCUGGGAGAAGAUCCCCCCUGACAAGCAGCCCCUGGUGAUGAGCUACACAGAGGCGCGCCGGGCCCUGCUGACCCUGCAGAACCUGACGGCCGCCACCUCAGGCCUGUACCGCUGCACGGCCUCCAAUGCGCUGGGCUCCAGCUCCUGCGCCCUCCAGCUGCACGUGCGCCUGGCCCCGCAGGGCACGCUGGGCAUCGCGGUGGGCGUCACCGUCACCCUGACUAUGGGGCUGGUGCUGCUGGCUCUCCUAGUCCUGGUGCUCUGGUUGCACCACCAGAGCGUGCGGAAGUGGCCGGAGGAGGAAGUGGAGGAUUCGUACAAUGAGAUCAGAGUCGACAGCCUCUCACCACGGCGUCUGCUCGUAGCCAAGACUCUCGCCAGUGACAUCCCCAUGGCCAACCAGGCUGCAAAGCCCCUCUGGAUCUUCACCAGCUCCACCCCCAACACCACCUACGCCAACCGCCAGCGCGGGCUGGGCGAGGGGAAUCAGGCGGCACCGCCCGGGGGGCUGCGACAGCCAGCGUGGGCAGCGCCCCGGGGCAGGAGGAGGAGCAGCAGCAGCCUCUCCGAGGAGGGAUCCCUGCCAGGCAGCCAGGCAGAGGAGGAGCCAGCCUGGCACCCUUCGUGCCACCGAGAGCCAGCCCCAGCCAAGGCGCUUCCCCCCAAGCACCCCAGCUUCCUGGUCUAGGGGCAGCGGGUCCAAUGGGCACAGAACUUGGGGGCCGAUGCCGGCAGCCAGGUCUCCCUGGGCAGGCACAUUGGCCUCUGUGCACAUGCAGCAGCCUUGGGCCAACCUGCUCCCACCCUGCCAUCAACCCCCCGCAGCCAGCCCCAUGUCCCUUGGCACUCAGCCCCCAGGCCCUUUCCCUCGGGCAAAGCCCCCACGCUGGGUAGCCCCUCUUCUGGGGAGGCAGCCGGCCAGCCCCCCAGCCCAGGGGCCAGUCAGGUGUCAGCCAUGGAGGCCUCUGCCUCGAACCCAGGUCACAUACAGACUGGGCAGAUGCAGGGUUAGCUUCCCCGUGCUGCCCCUGCACGGCUUCAGGAGCUCCCCUGCCAAUCUGGCCAGGCCAGUGCCCCUCCGCGGAGCCUGCUGCCGAUGCCAGAUCAGAUGGGAGCAGCGACCUCACCAGCAAAGGCUACCUUGCCUGGCCCAUGGGUCAGUGGCCUGGUCCCGGCUCAGCCCCACGGUUGGCCUCUGCCGAGCAGCACCUCCUACUGCUGAGGGGCCCUGUGGCCAGUCACAAAUGCCCCCAGGCCUGGCGAGCUAGGGAAGGGGACGGGCUGGAGCCAGCAUGGCCGGAGCUGUUUGGGUUCGGAGCAUCCCCUGCCUCGGGCUCACGGCUAUUCAUGGGAAAAGGCUGGAGAUGCUCAGGUGAUUCGGGGACAUUCGGCCAGGGCCAUCUGGAAACCUGCCCCUUUGAGGGGUUUCAAGCUGGGCCCCUUACAUCACAUGUCAUUUCUGAAGAUCAUACCCUGAGCACCCUCACCGCAGCCCCCAUGCCUGGGCCCGAGGCAGGGGGCAGGAAACAUGAAACCACAGAGGAAGGAAAAGGGAAGCGUCUGCUCAUGGGGCAAGGGAGAGAACAGAGGCAGCUGGGGAAGGGCAGGGGAUCCCCAACAUUCGGGGUAAUCGCCUCUGUGAAGCCAGGAUGUUCUUUAUCUCGGCCCCCACCCCACAGGGAUGAGCCAGGACCAGACACUGGCUACUGCUGCAUUCUUGGCUGCUGCCUGGCUCCCACGCAGAAGCUCCCCCAGAGAGGGAAAGUCAGGUCCUACAUGGGGAUCCUCCUGGGGAAAGUUCUGGGGCUUGUGCACUGCAGAUCAGUGAUCGAAGUGGCCCUACAGGUGAGCUGGCCCUGUGCUUCAGUAGCCCAGCCCCGGGGGCUGGAGGGGGUAGC